AUGGGGGAAUUGUUUAACGUGAAUAUAUCACAAUAUUUAAGCAAGCAUACCGAUCUAAAUGAAAACGCCAAUAACAUUCAAGGUAAAAUCAACGAUAACUCUCAAGAUUCAUCAGAUAAUUUAAAUUUCGGUGAUGAAAUUAAAGAAAAAUCAGAUCAAAUGAAUUGCAAUUAUGCAUUUCAAAGAUAUUCUUCUUCUGCAAGUACAACAGCCCAAGAUUCAAUUAUUGUUUCCAAACCAAAUUCUUUCAUCCUUAUGGAUUUGAUUAGAUCAUGUCUUCGAGAAGAUGGAAAAGUCUUGCAGUUUUUUGAAAAAUCUAUCUAUCCUAGAUUUAUCGAGAUAAAUAACACUAAGGAAGAACAAGAUGAAUUUUCAGUUGUUUAUGAUUUUAUGAAUUUUAUAAUUCCAACAUUUUUUGGUAAGAUCUCAGGAAAUAUUUUUCAAGAUAAAUUAAAUACUGAUGAAGAUUUUUCUAGCGGUACUGAAUUCCUUAUUGCAAGAACAAAUUCAGAAGAAGUGAGAAACAAUUGCCUUGCGGUAGUAAGAACAUUGAUGGAUUUCAGUUUUAGUGAACAAAUAUACGAUAUGUAUGAAGUCAACCAAGAAUUCUUAACUCGUAAAUCAAAGCAAUUCUUUUGGGGUUCAAGAAUGUUUUUGCAAGAUCAAGCAAUCGAACAGAUUCCAUAA